AUGUUAAAUCAAGAAGAAAUUCAUCGUUAUUUUAAUCAUCUAAGUGGAGCAAAACGUAUUGAAUUUUUAUAUGGCUUACUUCAUUUAUGUCAACCAUUAGAAUUACGAUAUUUAGGUACAUGUUUAGAAGAAAUAGCACGUAAAGAUUAUGAAUAUUUAUAUCAUGCUGAACAAAAAACAAAUCAUUUAUCAUCAUCAACAACUUCAUCUGUAUCAAGUAACAAUGAACAAAUAGAUGUUUUAUCUGAUGAAAAAUUAGAUUUAACUGAUCAAUUUACACGUGCACAUGCGAUUGUUGAUAUUGCUCUUCUUUGGGCAAAAAAUCGUGCGUGUGCUAUUCGAUUAUUUCGUCGUUUAAAAGCAAGUGAAAGUGUUAAAUUAGUUGAUAUGUUACUUGAACGUGAUGAUUUGGAUGAACGAACAAUGGAUGAAAUUUUAAUUAUAUUUUGUUUAGCUGCUAAUCAUCCAGCAUUUAGUUUUGAUAUGCGUACACAAAUGUCACAAAUAUUAAAAGAAUUAGAAAAACGACAAAGAAAAAUGAAAUUAUUACAAACCGUACAUAAUAAUAUAAAUGACGAUGAUACACUUGAUCAAUCAACAUAUUUAGGUUAUCAUACUUUACCAUCAUCAUCAAUACAUAAUUCAAGUACAUUAAGUGUACAUGCAUCACCUUUGUUGACUCGAUUAACUGUUGUGAAUUUUGAUACAGAUUCAACAUCGCUAAGAGUAUUAGUUAGAGCUGAUUGGUCAGAUAAUAAUUCAACACUUACUUGGAAAACUCCAAAUGACAUUCGUUCGUUUCAUUUACAAUUAUCAAAUAUUGUUUAUCAUGAUGAUGUACGUUUGGAACGUUUAAUGAAUAUUUCUGGUUAUUUACGUGAUAUUGGUUCAUCUACAGAACCUGAUAUUGAAUUAAUGAAGAAAAAUAUUGAAACUUACAUAGGACAUCUUGUCUAUUUUUCUUCAUAUAUAUCAACAAUAUCGACAUUAGCAAAAUUUUUUAAUUCAUCAUUAAAACUUAUUGAUUCGAAACAACGUUUAUUUAAUCCAAGUAAUACGUUUGAUGAUUCAUUAUCAUCAUCACCAUCGUAUUCUAAUGGAAUGACACCACUCCAAUGUGACAUACCGAUUCAACAACAAUCUGAUACUGAUAAUAAAACAUUAUGUUCACCAAAAUUAUCAAUAAGUAGUAAUAAAUCUAAACAACAAUUAGAUGUAGCUAAACAAGCUCGUUCAAUAAUUCCAACACAUAAUGGUACACAAACUGGAUUAGAAGUACGAUGUGAAGAAACUCAAACUGAUCGAAUGCCUGGACCUGGUUUUAUUCUUGCUGAACAUCAAGAUUAUCUUCGAAGAUAUUCAAUGGAUGAAUUAUCAAAAUUAACACCAAAUGAUCUUAUUGUUGAUGGACUUGAUUCAAGUACCGCUCAUUUACUUUGUGGUGCUUUAGAUGAUUUAAAACCAAUGAGUGUUCAUUUAAGUAAUAGUAAUAAAACGAUUCGUUCACCAUGUACUUUUCUUCAAAUUCCUUCGUCAUCAUCAUCUUCGUCACCACCAUUACCACCUUUGCUUGAUGCUGCUUUAAUGACUGUUGUACAAAAACAACAACAACAAGCAUCUCGUACAUCACCACUACCGCCACCAUCUAGUUCUGAUCGAAAUCAAUGCGAACACAUUUUAAUUAAUUUUGGCGGUGCUCGACCACCUUUAUCAUCAAGUUCAAGUCCAAAAUUACCUAAAACAGGAAAUAAUAAUGGUGUACCUCCUCUCCCCUUACCACCACCACCACCACCACCAUCAUCAUCAUCAUCUAAUUGUGCAUCCCAAAAUCAACAUCAUGUACCAUUAUUAACUACACAUUCAUUUCUUUAUAAUCCAAUUGAACCUUGUAUAUUUCCAAUAGCUAUUCCACCCGGUUUUCCAUCAGCAUCACCUGAUUUUAUAAGAUUAUUUGCUCCAAAUAUGACAGUAACUAAUACAAAUAAUACAUCAGGUGCUAAUUUUAUUACAAAUUCAAAUAGUUCACAAGGAUUUGUAUCUAAUUCUCGUUCAACAACACAAUCAAAUAGUACGAAUACACAAUCAGAACAACAUACACAAAAUCUUCAUCAUCCACCUCCACCAACUAUUUCUCGUUAUCAACAAUCCAAUUAUCGCCAUAGACAACAUUAUCAAGUAGACUCACAUCAAUUUCAACAAAAUUCAUGUUUUCCCUAUCAUCAUCAACAACGACAAUCACAAACAAUCUACUCACAACAGCAACAACAACAACAACACAGUCGACCAAAAGCAUGUUAUACUUGUGGUGAUAUUGGUCAUCUAGCGUUUGCCUGUCCUGAACAGUAUUUAUCCGAUUCAACUUACUCCCAUAAUACUAGAGAUGGUUAUAAACUUGAUUAUCGACCAAGACAAAAUACACCAACAAAUCUUCAUCAACAACAAAGGCAAAUGCGUUCAAAUUCAAUAACAAAAACUAAACUUCGAGACAACAGUUAA